UAAACAUAUUUGGGGGGGCAUAGUAUAUUUAAGUGAUAUUUCCCGAGAAGCCAGUGUUUGGAGGAUAAAUUAGCACGGGUGUUGUUAUGCCCGAGACGAAGUCGAGUGCUGGCAAACCAUGCCAAUAUGUCCUCCAAUCACCAUCUUCCAGGGCAUUAUCACCUUUAUACAACGGGUUACCAACAUAUUUAAAUAAUGAUUAGCAUAUUUUAAUAAAAAAGUUAUUUUGAGGAAUUUAUUCAUACUAUUUCAUCGUUCCACAAGAUAUAGUCCUGACACAAAUCUAGGUGUUGCUGCCCAAGCCGGCUGGUCGUUCAUUCUAUCGGUUUGGUUCUCAGAGACGUGACCCAGUUGUUAAGUAUUUCUGUUCUGUAUCUAUGGACGCGACCCAGUCGCUCGUUCUAAAUAUUCUAUUGCCAUACUGGCUGGCAAUGUUCUUGCUUGCUAGUUAGCAAACUAUGGCUAACUUACAGUCUCGUCAAACAGUGCAGACAGAAUAACAACAGUAGCUGCAUUUGUUUAAGCUGUUUUCUAGUGACAUUUAUUUGGAUACAUCCAUAACAAUGAUUAUUCGCGAUUUCACCUGCCAUAGAAAAUGUGCUCUCUCAUCAGAACACUGUUGUUCAGAGGAGUUAGCCAACAACACAGCUAACACCAUCACUUCAAACUGAAGCUGGAAAGACUGCAAACUAGCUGCACUUCAUUUAUUCUACCUGUUUCUAAUGACAUUUCUUUGUAUAUAUCCCCCCAAAAAUUGACUGGCUGAGAAAAGCUGCCUGCUUGUCUGCCUUGUCCCGACUCCCGACCCCUACACGUUCAUUACUAUGGGACAGCUGGAGAUCAAAUUUCAAAAUGAAACAAUGGUACAAAUGUCAGAGAGACAGACAUCAAGGUUUUUCAAAUCUCCACUAUUGAAAACCAAUUGCUAGUCUAAAAGAAAUGGGAGAUAAUGUCUAGAUGCUUUUUACAUUUGAGGUCAUGUUUAUAAAUUGUCUGGCUGGGCUGAUGAGACAAUGGAUUGCGCAGUGAGAUUGAACAGUGCAAAUAGGCAUUUCAACCUCACAGCUUUAGCCAGUGGUUACUUGUGGAAUAGACACUGACUGGAAUGCGGUUUUAACCAAUCAGCGUCCAGGAUUAGACCCACCCAUUGUAUAAUUCACAACACUCUACAGCGGUGGUUCCCAAACAGGGGUACUAGGACCCCCGGGGGUACUUGGCCUAUCCAGAGGGGGUAAUUGAAAAGACUCAUAAGUCUAUAGGGUUACAUGCACAUAAGCGGGUACUUCAGGGGUACUCCAGGCAAAGCAAAAUUCAGUUGGGAGUACAGUAACCAAAAAAGGUUGGGAACCACUGCUCUACAGCAGCGUCAGCUAGACAUACAAAGGCGACAUGGCAUUUAGAGUAACAAUCAACCUCCCUUCCCCCUGCAUGUCCCCUUGUCCUGGUGGCAUUUCAUGAAAAGCUCACAUCUUCAUUUCUCCCCACCCUCCUCCACCUUCCCUUGUGCCCACACGAGCCACCCACUUUGCAACUCCGGCCCCCCGGCAGCCUGCCUUGCCACCCAGCACUCUUGGCAGCUUAAUUCAUAUCCUCUGACUGCAUCGGCUCUCUGCAGCCAGGGAAUCAUCACUCCAGACCAGGGUCUACAGGAAUGGUUGGACAUGAAGCUACGCUGGAACCCUGAUGACUACCUGGGCAUCACUAACAUCAGAGUCCCCUCGGACUCCAUCUGGAUCCCAGACAUUGUGCUCUAUGACAAUGCCGAUGGACGUUUUGAGGGCUCUGUCACCAAGGCUGUUGUCAAGUAUGAUGGCACCAUCACCUGGACACAGCCCGCUAACUACAAGUCAGCCUGCAUCAUCGAUGUCACCUUCUUCCCCUUUGACCUGCAGAACUGCUCAAUGAAGUUUGGCUCCUGGACCUAUGAUGGCUCACAGGUUGAUAUCCUCCUGGAGGACUUCCAUGUGGAUAAGAGGGACUACUUUGACAAUGGUGAAUGGGAGAUAGUGAAAGCGACAGGCAGCCGUGGUCUGAGGAUGGACGGUUCCUGCCACUUCCCCUUCAUCACCUACUCCUUUAUCAUCCGUAGACUGCCGCUCUUCUACACCCUCUUCCUCAUUAUCCCCUGUAUCGGCCUUUCCUUCCUCACCAUCCUGGUCUUCUACCUGCCCUCCAACGGCGGGGAGAAGAUCUCCCUGUGCACCUCUGUGCUGGUGUCCCUCACCGUCUUCCUUCUCGUGAUCGAGGAGAUCAUUCCGUCCUCCUCCAAGGUCAUCCCUCUGAUCGGGGAGUACCUGGUGUUCACCAUGAUCUUUGUCACGCUCUCAAUCGUCAUCACCGUCUUCGCCAUCAACAUCCACCACCGCUCCUCGUCCACGCACCAAGGCAUGGCACCCUGGGUGCGCCGUAUCUUCCUGCACAGGCUGCCUAAGCUGCUGUGUAUGCGCAGCCACGUGGACCGCUAUGCUACCCCAGGCGGGGCCAGGGCAGGACUGGCAGGGAGAGAGGGAGUAGUAGGGGGCAUUAUGAAGGGUUCUUCACCAGAGUCCACCCCUCAUCUCUCCUCUAGGAAUAACCUGCAGGCUGCUUUGGACUCUAUCCGCUACAUCACCAUGCAUGUGGUCAAGGAGAAUGAGGUCAGAGAGGUGGUGCAGGACUGGAAGUUUGUGGCUCAAGUUCUGGAUCGUGUGUUCCUGUGGACCUUUCUCCUAGUCUCAGUACUGGGCUCUGCUCUGCUCUUCAUCCCUGUCAUCUACAAAUGGGCAAACAUCAUCGUCCCCAACCAUGCAGGCGGCAGUGGAUAAGACUAAACUGAGACUAAGUGCACUGAGCACAAUAAAUGCAGAUACACUACAGUCAGUGCAGAAGAAGAAAGACUUACUCACAUGUGUGUGUGGGAGACCAGUUAUAAUUGCAAUGGAUUCUAGUUCCAUCAUGAUUCUUGAUUUGUGUAUAUGAAUGAGGGAUUAUUGUCUCUAUGUUGCUGUAUCUGUUUAUAGAUUAAAUUAACAUACAAUUGUUUUAUAUUCUGGAAGGAGGAUACCUCCCUAUAGGCAUAUCUCACAAAGUAAAGUAUAACAAUGAAUACAA